GCACACUCACCACUACACCACAACGCCAACAAAAUUAGUCCAUUAUUUAAUGUUUAUAUUUGAAGGGGGAAAAUUAUGGCAAAUUUUGGGACUUUGGAGGGCCAUAUCUUGGCCAGAUCAAAAAACGGGCAAAAACGGCAAAAAAUCCUUGCUAGAAAGGGCAUAUUCUCUAUCGAAUGAGCCCGGUCUCGACCGUUUUUAGCUCGGACACCUCGCAACCUCUCCGUGUUAGAUCUAAAAUUAUUUUUUUAGGUGGAAAAGCAGCAACUGCGCUUGAUCUGGGCGGUGGUUCAACACAAGUUACUUUCAUACCCAGCGAUUUUAAUACUGCUAUGCGUGGCCUUCAUCGUCAAAAAUAUUCACAUCGUCUCAAAAUUUUUGAGAAAGAGCUUCGCCUUUAUACUCAUAGUUAUUUGGGCAAUGGACUUGUCGCUUCUCGUUUAGGAAUUGCCAAGUUGUCUUCUCCAGAUUGGAGUCCGGGAGGUGCUCCAGCACUUAAAACACAUUGUUUGCCAAAGAAGUUUAUAUUGGAUGAUUUUGAUUAUGCGGGCAAUGUUUGGUUAAUUAGUGCAACAAUCGAUGCAAGUUUUGAAAAUUGUUUGGAAACAGCUAAACAUUAUGUAACAAAUCUUACUGAUAUUAAGCAAAUUAAAUUAUUGGUGGACGAGGAAGAUCUUUAUUUAUUUGGAUAUUUUUAUGAUCGUGGGUUACAAGGAAAUAUAGUUGAAUAUACUUUGGAACAAAUUGGAGGAGAAGCAAAAGUUGGCGAUUAUAAAAUUGCUGCUGAAAAAGGCAGCUUGUGCUAUGCCAUCAGAAGCCAUCGGGCCUGAACCAUGGCAACCGUGGCAAUGUCUUGAUUUAACAUAUAUUUAUACACUUUUACAUUACGGAUAUGGAUUGCCUGAUGACAGGAAA